AUGAAAACAAGGACGAAGCCGUCGCUUGAGGCGCCCGAUACGGCGCCCGCGGCCGUCUCUGCGGCAGUCGCCAGGGAGUACCCCGAGGAAGGGAAUAAUGCGCAAGAAAAUGGCAUAUCCGCAGGCGCGCUCGCCGCGCUCCCGAUGAUCGGCUUCGCGGCGCUCAUCGGCCUCGGGGUCGCCUACAAGGACGAUAUCACGGAAUUUCUCAACUGGUUCACCGGUUACGUCGACUCCAUGGGCGCCGCGGGUCCCCCCGCGUUCAUGCUCCUCUACCUUGGGCUGGAGAUUCUCGCCGUGCCGGCAAUCCCACUGACCAUGGCGGCGGGGCUCAUCUUCGGACCCGCGCAGGGAACCGCGAUGGUGAGCGUCUCGGCCACCGCGGCGGCGACCGCGUCGUUCCUCAUCGCGCGAUACGCGCUGAGGGACAGGGUCAAGGCCAUCGCUGACGAGAACCCCAAGUUCGCCGCGAUCGAUCGAGCAAUUGGGGAAGAUUCCUUCCGAGUGGUCUGCCUCCUCCGCCUAUCCCCGCUGCUCCCCUUCGCGCUCAGCAACUACCUCUACGGCCUGACGUCCGUCAAGUUGUGGCCGUACGUCGCGGGCAGCUGGCUGGGGAUGCUUCCUGGAACGUUUGCCUAUGUUAGCGCCGGCGCUGUGGGGCGGACCAUAGCGGAGGUUGGAGGGGGCUCGGCAGGUGCUGACUCGCAUCUCGCACAGAUAGCCGCGGGAUUCGGAUUCACCGUCCUGACCGGGGCGUACAUCACGAGGUUGGCAAGUAACGCGCUGAAGGACGUCGAGGACGAUAUGAACAGCAUCUGA